CUGCAAUAAAUGCCACCUCUGGUGUAGGCACAUGCAGAGCAAGUAGCCUCAACGCAGUUGUCCGGCUGUUGUGUUCACAGGCUAUGUGGUUUGGCUCAAAGAUAUGGAUUGUGGAGUUCAUUUGGGGAUCUUGCUGAUGUGCUUAGUUCAAGCAGAGCAUGUACGCUGUUUAUGGGCUGCCGAAGCUCAGAGCUCCCAGAGACAAAGCGGCAACAGAUAUGUUGGCUUCUCGCAACAGGAUAGUGGACUAAAAAGAUUUGGUGGCAGAUAUCCCCAGAAUCAACUCAGACAAGCCCAGAGCAGUAGCUUCAACACAGACACUGCAGUUAGCAGUAGUCAUAGCCAGGGACUUUCUAACCGUGGCUAUACACAAACUCUUUCACAGCCGGCUCAAAGCGGCCACCCUUCAGUCAAGUUAGUGCAGAGCAGCUUGCUGUCAAAACCGAACUCGCGACCGGUUAAGGCACAAGAGGUGCCAAAGAGAAAGUUCACUGGCCUUUCCACUGCCGUUGCUAGUGGAAGUUCUGUGAGUCAGUACAACAAGAAGCAGAGUGACCUUACUGAUAUCAGCAAGAAGAGUACUUGGCCAAUUCUGCAGGGUACACCUCGUGCUCGCAAGUAUCCAUCCAGCAGUUCUGCAUCUGUUCAGAUCCCUUCUAGCAAAAGCAAAUUGGCCUCCCACCAGGUAGCACAGAAGGUUCCCAGUGCUGCUGAAACUCAAGCCUACUAUGGACAAAGAGCUUCUCCUAGGACGUCCUCUAGCCUGUUUAACCCAGUUUCUCCCGAUCAACAGAAAAGCCCCGUACAGGUUAAAACAUCAGCCACAGCCCGUGCUAGAAAAGUGUCAUUGAGUCGUGGCGCUAAAGCGUCUAAACCUUCUCGUUUCUCAUCUCCUCAAAACGAAAGGAUCAGAAAUAAUCCCAGCCAGACUGAGGCUGGAAACCCGUACGGAAGCAAACUGUUUCCUGUGACUGGCAAAGAAAGCUACAAGUCUACUUCCACGUCCGAACAACAAAACUCUCGCCUUGGCUUCCAGCCACGCAGUCUUCAGAGGUUGAGCUCCAAACCCAGCUACACCUCCACUGAGCAGAUCCCAAGCAGUACGAGCUCUUUCCAAGCAUCCUGGAACAGCAGAAACUCAGCCCAGGGAGUUCCUGGUAACCUCCCUGGCUCUGGGAGCAGCCAAGCGGGAGCACCUCCUAAGAAGUUUGCCCCAACCAGAACCCACAACAUCCCCCAACGCUUUGGUGGCUUUAGUAUUAGACGACUGAAAGAACCUGCUGAUGAGAAGCAAGUGAGUAUCAGGAAGCCUCAGCAGACCUACACGGCUCCUUCACAGCCGAGCUUGAGCGUCAGGAAGCCUCAGCAGACCUACACGGCUCCUUCACAGCAGAGCUUGAACGUCAGGAAGCCUCAGCAGACCUACACGGCUUCUUCACAGCAGAGUGUGUCUCUCCAGCCACAGGCCCAGAGUGUUCAUCCCCAGAGCACAUGGAAGAGGAUAAAACCACAUUCAGGAAAGUAGCAGGUGCAGCAGAGACCUCAUGAAGAACUGGUAUUUCAUAAAUAAAGUCUGACACUUAAA